CCCCGUGCAUGUGUGUAGGCGAAUCACGUGUGGAGAAGCGGUUGGUUGUCAUGUCUCUGCCGUAGCAGAGUUCCGUGCUUGGUUUUAUUAUCUGCUUCCAGCUUUUGCUAUACUUUCUAUUUCUUUUUCCCCCUCAUACCUUUUUUUAAAUCGAAGAAUGAGCGAAAACGAUGACAUCGAAGUCGACAGCGAUGCAGACAAGCGAGCACAUCACAAUGCGCUGGAGCGUAAACGCAGGGACCACAUUAAAGACAGCUUUCACAGUUUACGAGACUCUGUGCCUGCAUUACAAGGGGAGAAGAAUUCUGUUAAACAGGCUUCCCGAGCACAGAUUCUAGACAAAGCCACGGAGUACAUCCAGUACAUGAGACGAAAAAACCACACCCACCAGCAAGAUAUUGACGAUCUAAAGAAGCAGAAUGCACUGCUGGAGCAGCAGGUUCGUGCACUUGAGAAGGCCAAGGGGAACACUCAGCUCCAGACCAACUACUCUUCCGAUAGCAGCUUGUACACAAACCGCAAAGGGAGCGCCGUGUCCGCUUUUGAUGGUGGGUCCGACUCCAGCUCUGAAUCAGAAUCAGACGAGACACCAAACAGGAAGAAGCUGCGCCUGGAGCUAAGCUAGAUUUGGGUGGACCCCGGCUCCUUAGACAGACUCUUUUUACCCACCAGCCCCAGCUCCUCUUUCCUGUCCGCACUGAGCCCUGCCUUCUUGCGCUAGCCCAGGAGACGAGGUGGAGAUCGUGUGUGAGAGAGGUGCUAUUAUGUAUAAAACGCUUCUACCUUCUUUUAUCCUUCUGGCAAGCAUCCUGUCACUCCUUUCGUGGCCCAGCAACAAAGUUAAAAAUCCCCAAAUUGAGGCAGCUCUGCAGAUUUGAAGGACUUUAUGCCUUUCAGACCUCAUAAUAACCAGUCAUAUAUGUGGAGAUGACAAGACUUGAGUAAAGCUACAAAAAUAACCUUUCCCUAUUGGUUGUUUUGGUCAACCUCUCCAAUCCGGUGGAGGUGUGAGACUUUUGACAAACGGUAAGGGUAGGAAUACCUUACCUUUUAAUAAUAAUAAUAAUAUUAAUAUUUUUCCAGAAAAGAAUGUGAAGUUGCUUUUGGAAAAACAAACCCUGUCUGUUAUGCAAAAUGCAGCCCUCCUUAUUCUGUGUAGUUGGCUAAAAGUUUUGUCUUUUGAAAUGUUGUGUAAUCAAAGAAAUCCCUCUAUUUAUAGUCAUGCACCAAGAAGAAUUUCUUACCCUUAUAUCUAUAUACCUAUAUAAUCUGAUGUCUGAACUCCCAUUAUGUUUGGCUUGAUAUUUCAAAGUUUCAGCUAUUUAUUUUCCUCUAUUUUUAAUAUUUUUAAAUAAAUUGUGGUUAAAAAAAUCCCCUCAUUGAUAUUGAAUGUUGCACAAUGCAGUUAAAGGCAUUGUCCUUUAUUUUUGUCGAUGGAAGUUCCUUUUCAGUGUGUGGUAUAUAACACUGUAUACUCUUAAAUGGUGUCGUUUCUGCAAAGAAAAGCCUUCCCUUUGAUUUGCCUGUGCUGGGAAUGUUUCUCUUUUUUUUGCAGAGAUAAAUUAGUGUGUACCUUAUAAGAUUUGUUUGUUCCAUUCCAUGGAAAUUACAGGUAUGUUGUACAUACUGCCAACGGUUGUCUUGCAAGAUAAGGCAUACCUUUAUUAUGAAACUAUAAAUAAACUAUUUUAUCCAUUUUGGAUGAA